CAUAUUCUUGUUAGUUCUCCUAGCAGCAACAAUUGUCUCCAUUAAGGUACACAAGUCACGAAAAUUGGCGAACGUGAGAGCAAGAGAAGAUCAACUCAAGAUAGAGAAAUUCUUGGAGAAUUACAAUUCUCUCAAGCCCACCAGAUACUCUUAUUCUGAGGUUAAGAAGAUGACUAAACAAUUUAAAUGUAAAUUAGGACAAGGAGGCUAUGGCAGUGUGUUCAAAGGGGAGCUCUCAAAUGGAAUUUUUGUUGCUGUAAAGAUCCUCAAAGAACCAGCAGCCCAUGAUGGAGAUGAUUUUAUCAACGAAGUGGGCACCAUCGGUAGGAUUCACCAUGUCAAUGUGGUUCGUCUUCUUGGGUACUGUGCAGACGGAUACAAGAGAGCCUUGAUCUAUGAAUUCAUGCCCAAUGAAUCACUGGCAAAAUUCAUAUUCUCAUCAGAAGAUACUGCUAACAACAUUCUUCGACAUUGGGAGAAGCUUCAGGACAUUGCAAUAGGUAUAGCGAGAGGAAUUGAAUACCUUCAUCAAGGUUGUGACCAGCGUAUCCUUCAUUUUGAUAUCAAACCUCACAAUAUUCUACUAGACAAAAAAUUUAAUCCCAAAAUUUCUGAUUUUGGGCUGGCAAAGUUAUGUGCCAAAGGUCAAAGCAAUGUAUCAAUGACAGCUGCUAGGGGAACAAUGGGUUAUAUUGCCCCAGAAGUCUUCUCCUGGAACUUUGCCAAUGUUUCCUCUAAAUCAGAUGUUUACAGUUUUGGGAUGUUGUUGCUUGAAAUGGUGGGAGGAAGGAGAAAUAUAGAUGUCUCAGUGGAGCACUUCAGCCAAGUAUACUUUCCUGAAUGGAUUUAUAAUCGCCUACAUCAAGGGGAAGAGCUGGGUUUGAGGAUGGUUGCAGAUGAAGAUGCUAAAAUUGCAAGAAGAUUGACCAUUGUAGCAACUUGGUGCAUACAGUGGUACCCAUCAGGUCGCCCUUCAAUGAAAACUGUGAUUCGGAUGUUGGAAGGAGAAAUUGAUAACUUGGAAAUGCCACCUAAUCCUUUUGUUUCAAUAGCUCCAGGAGAGGCAGAGGCUGGGGCUGAGGCUGAGGCAACAAUCUUGGAGGGAUCACAAGGCCCAACUCUAGCAGUCAUCACUGAAGAGUAUUAUUGGGUGGGAUUUGUGUUUGUUUCUUUGGAAAGUGGGAUUGCAAUUUUGCUAUCAAUUUCAGCCCAUGUCGCCGCCCAGCACCAGAGAGAAGUGUGCAACUCUUCUCUCUCUUGUGGUGAUGUUAUCAACAUCCAGUAUCCCUUUCACUUGAAAACUGAUCCCAACAACAACUGUACUAAAUUCCCUGAAUUCCAACUCAAUUGUGAAAACAAUCAAACUGUCUUGAAUCUGCUGUCAUAUCCAAAUUAUACAAGAAAAUACUUCGUGGAUGAAAUUCUGUACCACAAGAAUCUUAUCAGAAUUGUCGACCCUGGUUUACAGAGAGGGAAUUGCUCUUCUCUGCCUCGCUUUUCGGACUCCUCCUCUGCUUACCUUGGUUAUUCAGUCUACAGUUUGGAAACAGCUGUGAAAGUCAUCACAUUUGUGGGUUGUUCGUCAGCAGUCAAGAAUGACACAGCUUACAUAUCUACCUCUCCUUGCAUCAAUGGAAGCUCCUCACACCCAUUUUCAUAUGUCCUUGUUGGGAUGCCAGUCUCUGCACUCCGCCCAAACUGCACAGUUGUACGUAAUUCUCCUAUGUCAGCAGAGACAAUACUGAUGAACCACACAUAUCCAGAAAUUCACAAGGCUUUGCUGUACGGUUUAUACUUUCUUUGGAAUGAUCCUUUUGUCGAGUAUAAAGAAUGUUCCCCACCAUUCCAGUCUUCUCACUGUUUCUUAAAGCUCCUUGCAGAUCAAACAAGGAUGUCGUCUAAUGAUAUGUCAUGCUUUGCUGCAGGGUACAUCAUGAUAGGAAGGACAUCAAUUGGGAUAUUGUGCCUCUCAGCCUUUGUUAUCUACAAAUUACACAGGAAACAUGUGUCAAUGGAUGACAGAAUUGAAGAGUUCUUAACUAACUACAGAAAUCACACGCCAAUGAGGUAUUCAUAUUGGGAAAUUUGGAUAAUGACCAGAUGUUUCAAAGAAAAAUUAGGCCAAGGAGGCUUCGGCUCUGUUUACAAAGGAGUGCUUCUCAACGGCCAUCCGGUUGCCGUAAAGAUGUUGAGCAAGACUAAAGGGAAUGGGCAAGACUUCAUCAAUGAAGUUGCGACUAUUGGAAGGAUUCAUCACAUUAAUGUUGUGCGACUAAUUGGAUUCUGUGCAGCGGGAUCAAAGAGGGCUCUUCUAUAUGAAUUCAUGCCAAAUGGAUCUCUGGAUAAGUAUAUAUUUGCUGAAGAUUCUAAAAGCAACACUCUAAGCUGGGACAAGUUGUAUGACAUUGCCAUAGGAAUUGCUCGUGGAAUUGAAUAUCUACAUCGAGGUUGUGAUAUGCGGAUUUUACAUUUUGAUAUCAAGCCCCACAACAUUCUUCUUGAUGAGAACUUUACUCCAAAAGUUUCAGAUUUUGGGCUUGCAAAACUCUACCCAACCGAUGAUAGUAUUGUAUCCAUAACUGCUGCACGAGGAACAAUAGGUUACAUGGCUCCUGAACUAUUUUACAGAAAAUUUGGAGGAGUUUCAUAUAAAUCUGAUGUUUAUAGCUUUGGAAUGUUAUUGAUGGAAAUUGCUGGAAGAAGGAAAAAUGUCAACCCAUUUGUCGAUCAUACAAGCCAAAUUUACUUCCCAACAUGGAUAUAUGAUCGUUUGGACCAUGAAGAAGAAUUGGAUUUGGGGAUUGAAACAGAGGACGAAAAGGAUAUAGUGAAGAAACUGAUUAUAGUUGCAUUAUGGUGCAUACAAAUGAAGCCUAUCGAUCGUCCUUCAAUGAGCAAAGUCAUAGAAAUGCUAGAGGGCAAUGUAGAACUUCUGCAAAUGCCACCCAAGCCCUCCUUAACAUCUCCACCUCGGGACCUUGAUGAAGCUCAUGAAGCUAUCUCAAAUUCAGCAUACCUAGCAAUUUCUUGUGAAUCAAAUGCCUCCUCCACGGAUUCCAUUAUCUCAAAUGUGAAUGUAUAA